AUGCACCAUCAUCUUGGUCUUCAAAUUGGCGGAGCCCCAAAUGCUCCUCCAACUCCACCAUCCACCCAAGGCGCCACGGCCUCCAGGUCGAAUUCGAACACGCAACCGUCAGCCACAAGGCCACCACCUUCCGACGUCAGAAAUCCUUCCGCCCCAAUUCCAUGUCUCCAUUCUGGACCGUCUCAGCCUUCAAGUUUACAGACAUCCCAAUCAACCGCAGCGCAGCCAGCUAAUCGUCCUGCAGCACCUAUCUCGGUGCCUGUUCCUGGUCAACCAGUGCCCCCGCCUGCACCACAGCCACAGGAGCAGAGCAUCAUUGCAGCAGCUCCUGCUCUGGCAGAUGAAAUCGCUGCUCUAAGGGCUAGGAUCGCUGAGCUCGAGCAUGGGAGCGCUCACGGCAUCCAUAUACCGGCCAGAGCCCCCGCUCCUCAACAAGCUCUGAUAGCAGACCCUGCAGCUGUUGAUUGCAUUCGAGCGAAUUUAGCUAGCUCCAAGGAGGAAUCUAAAAAGCUAACUUUACCCGCGCUACAACCGGGUCAUAAACACUUGCUGCUCGUUCUAUUCUCGCCGUCAGUUUUUCCCCUGACGGCUGAUCGUCAGCCGCCAUUAUACACCGUACCGUUGACCUCACGGUCCCUUACUGCUGUUCGGCAGCUGUCAUCACACGCUAUUGUCGCAUCCAUACCUCCCAAUGUGGAGGAAGCUUUCAAGCAGUACCGCUAUAUUCCCUACACAGCCCUGACACAUGCGGCUCGAUCUAAAGCCCAUCUCCGUGGAGAGGAUUCCACAUUCGUCUUUACACAGGACAGGCUUACAGCAAAGGCCUUGAUCGCUUGA